AUGCACGUCCUCUCCGAACCAGACGUCUCCAAAAUCUUCAGAGGUCUCACCCAAGAUCAAUGUCAUUCCUUUAUCAAAGCUCUAGGAGAUGCUUUGAUCAGUAUCUCAAAAGAAUCGAAGCCUUCAUUCCCAGCCUCAGACAAGCAAAUCCACCAACCCCUCCGCACAGUCUUCACAACCAACAAAAACAACAGCUGUAUCUUCAUGCCAAUCUCCGAUACCGUCUCAACCGGCAUUAAAGUGGUAACCGUCGCUUCCAGUGGUAUCCAAGGCGUAAUCAACGUCUUCAACCCAGAAGGCCGCCUCCAAGGCCUACUCGCCGCAGCAGAAGUAACAGCCUUCCGCACGGCGCUAGCAACAAUGACUCUGCUUGUACGCGUGACAACCAUCCGCAAAGAGCAUGUUCUCGUUCUCGGCUCGGGGCGUCAAGCGGAGUGGCAUGCGCGACUUGCAUUGCUUCUCUACCCUGAGCAAAUUCGGCGCGUGAGCUUUGUGAACCGCGGAGCGAAGAGACUUGCUGAAAUGGAACGGGACGUGUUCUCAGAGUUGCGGGCUUCUUAUCCCAGUGUUUCUUUUGUGACGCUCGCUAAGGAGGGCGUGGAUGAUUAUCCGCAGAAACUUGGGGGGGAGCUUGCGGCUGCGGAUGUCAUUUUCAGUUGCACGCCUUCGCUAGAGCCGAAUUUUGGGUUUGCGGAGUUGCAGAAGGCGCCCAAGCAGAGAUUCAUCUCAUUGAUUGGGUCUUAUAAGCCGCCUAUGCAUGAGAUUGAUACUGAGACGCUGCUUUCGGGUGGGGGGAGGGUGUAUGUUGAUUCCAAGUCUGCUUGUCUUGAGGAGGCUGGGGAGUUGAUUACUGCUGGUCUUGGGGAAGGUGACUUAAUUGAGAUGGGGGAUCUUUUGGGUGCCGGGCGCAAUGUGGAAGAGGCGAUUGAUGUUCCAGUUGGGUGUAAUGUUGUGUAUAAGUGCGUUGGAAUGGGGUUGAUGGAUCUUGUUGUUGGUAAGAAGGUGCUUGAGGUUGGAGGCGAGAUGGGACUUGGAAUACAUGUCGAUGGUUUUUAG